AUGGCCACCAAUAUGGACGAAACAACUCUUUCUACGCUCGAUCUAUUGGAGUCGCGACUUCUCCGUAUCGAGCAUCUCCUCUAUGGCCAGAACCAAUCACCAGCGCUGGCUCAAGACCAGUCGGCGGCUAGCCAGCUCAACAAGCUAGAGCGACGUUUCUCGAUGCUCCUGUCCGAUGUCCGCGUUUACCACGAGCUCAUGAAGAUCUACAGAGCUCACCCCGAUUUCUUUCAUUCGUCCGACCCAUCAGAGCCACCAUCACAGCUGGACAUCGAUGCACUCCAAUCCAUUGUUCUAGCCUCAGCAUCCGCCUUUCCUGCGACUCUAUCGUCCCUUACCGCGAUCAAAGACAGUCCGAUUCCAGAUCCUGCGGAUAGCGCAGCGCUUGUGGCAUUGCAGGAUAGAAUGAGAGCAAUCGAAGCAACUCAAAUCGCGCAAGCUGCUGAGAUAGCCGACCUGAGACAAAGGAGUGAAAUCGCGGUUCGUUCCUGGUACGAAACAGGUAUUCUUGAUAACUCAAAGACAAUGGCCAAUCUCGAGUCCCGUGUGAAGGUUGUUGAACGCCAGGUGAGGAGGGCGGAGCGAGAGUUGGAAGCUGAAGAAGAGCUAUGA